AUGCGCCGUGAUCGCUGGUCCAGAACGAACAAGGAUUUGUGCAAUGACCAUCAGGGUCUGAAUGCAGAUCUCAUCGCCGAUGUGUUCAAUCUGAUACAGAGGGAAGUCGGCCAUCACCUUCGCAAGUUUGAAGCGUAUCCGGAUUUGCUGAAGCCGCUCGACAUAUUGAUCCUGCACAAACUACAGGCUAUACAGGGCAUGUGGGAGAAACCUGACCCGAAAGACCAGGUUAUCGCAGAAAGAUGGCACUAUGAGAUCAGCUGCUGUCAGGGGUGUAUGGUGGCUCGAGUUGCGAGUGACAAGCAUGCAUUGCGCAAUCUUCGGAUCGCCCUGCUCUCUCGCACCCAAACACGUUUGAACCACGUCCCAAGAAGACUUAUGAAAUUUGUCGACACCUGCAUUGACUUAUUUCCCGACGACGUGGAUGAGCUAUAUGGCACAUCCAGCCAGUUUGCGUUCAUCCUAAAGGAUACCCGCAAAGUCUGCAGCAAGGCUUGGUCCCAAGACCCAGCACAUACGGAUUCGAGUCCCCCACAUCGGAGGCACAUAAAUCAUGACAAGAGUGACGGAAACAAAAAGACGGGAAAGAGUGCACGUAGCAAAAAACCUGUCAGUGAGUAUAACCCGAGGAAGAAGUAUACCCAGCCACCACCACCAAUCACAUUAUCCCACCCUGCGGAAAGGGCGCAGAAAAUAUCGCCCAAGGUCGAGCCCUUCCCGGAAGCCUUCGAGAUCAUCCUACCACAUGGAGCGAGAUCGACGCUCAGACCCGAACCCGGAUCGGGUCACUAG